UCCCACCUGAAAACCCCGAAAAAGAAACGUGUUUCCAUGGAGACACGCCACAUAACGAAAACCACUACGUCACACUGGCUAGUUUUAGCUUAGCUCUAGCCGCCCCCCGUGUAAUAAAGGGACGACGACGACGACGACGAAUCGAAAACAGGGAGGGGGCGGUUUAUUUCACGCCGUGUUUCCCUCAAAACGAGACGGGAAAAGAGGUCAAGAGGGUGGGUUCAAAAAAAAAACAAAAAAGAAAACAAAAAAAGUAUGACGGGGUUGCCGAGGGACGUCACAAGAUGGCUGCAGAGUCUCGAACUGACCGUUCAUCCAAUGAACGUACGCAGGGAUUUUUCCAGUGGGUACCACGUAGCUGAGAUGUUUUGCCGUUAUUAUCCCAGGGAUUUUGAAAUGCAUGCCUACAGCAAGGGAACAUCAUUCUCGGCCAAGCAGGAUAAUUGGAACAGGAUACGUCGGACAGUGCAGAAGCUGCAUCUCCACCUGCCGGAGAAGCUGGUGUACGGGACGAUGCACUGUAAACCGGGAGCUGCCGAGUUGCUGGUGCAGCAGGUCUACACCAUCCUGACCAAGCACAGGCCUCGAACCGCUCACAACCCGGAGUUGGAUUUCUCGGACCAGAAGUACCAGCAGCUCCUCCCAGCCGUGGCUCGCUCCACGGCCACAACGGCCGUCAAGAGCAACCUGAGGAAGACGGAGAUCUUGGCCCUGCCCGACACCCUCACCAACGGGAGGAGGGCCGAGGCCAUCAUAUGCAAGCACCUGCAGGACAAGACUGCGGCGAGGACGGCGACUGACCGCGCAGGGCGUUCAAACGUGGUCAAGUCAAGACUCAAACAGAUGACCGGGAAAAAUCUGAGCCGAGAUGAAAAACGUUUGUCUGAACUCUGCCUCCAGUCACCACUGAACGGUGCUGUUGUCUCGUACAAGACCAUCAAAGUCAACCAGCCUGCCAGAAGACUUCCACAAAGCUGUUAAAGCAGAUAUUCAUGCUUCUUUUUUUUUCCACUCUCACAAAUCAAAAGUCUUCCUUAUGUAAAAUGUCUGUGACAUGCGUUUGUCAAAACACCCGCAAGGAUCUACAAUACAGUACGCUGUAUUUAUGCUAUUUCUGGUCUUACUGAAGGACUGAUUGUAUUUUCGCUGGUGGAGGCAGCACUUCACAGAGGCUCAAAAAGGUUUUGAUUUUUUUUUGUGCCUUAAUAAAUGGACUCGUCGUUUGAAAACUGCA